UUCGCCCAAUGAGCAGUGAUGUUCUCCUUUGUUGUCAAACGUGCACGGACGGCGGAACUGAGCGAUUCGGGGGACAGGCUAUCAACUUGAGUUAGCUUACCAAUAAGAUGGAGGUAGAGCAGCUCCUCUCUCUCUCAGGCCCGGCGUUGGCCCAGGCAAUAAGUUCUCUGCUGGAGACACCAGGCCUCUACGUGUUCUCAGACAUCCUUGAGCUGCCCAACGUCAGAGAGCUGGAGACAGGCCCGCACGCUCCAGUGUAUCAGCUACUCAACCUCUUCGCCUAUGGAACCUACUGUGACUAUAAAGAGAGGGCAGCCUCUCUCCCAGAGUUGACCCCAGCCCAGAGGAACAAACUCCGUCACCUCUCCAUCAUCAGUCUGGCAUCCAAUCUCAAGUGCCUGCCCUACUCCCUGCUCCUGCAGCAGCUGGAGCUGAAGAAYGUGCGGGAGYUGGAGGACCUGCUGAUUGAGGCGGUCUACUGUGACAUCAUUCAGGGCAAGCUGGACCAGAGGAACCAGCAGGUGGAGGUGGACUGCAGCGUGGGCCGAGACCUGGGGCCCAACGAGCUGCCCAACAUAGACACACUGCAGGAGUGGUGUUCAGGGUGUGAGGCGGUCCUGUGUGGGAUCGAGGAGCAGGUAACCAGAGCCAACCAAUACAGAGAGAGCCAGCUGAAGGUCAAAGUUCAGGUGGAGACAGAGGUGUCCAACCUCCAGAAAACGCUAAAGGCCAGCUCCGCCUCACCGUCGUCCGGCCCCGCCGCCGCUGGAGCCGCGUCCAAUCAGGAUGCAGACCAGCCGGCCGAGCCACGAGACCCCGCCUCCUCUCAGGAACCACGGCAACCGGGCAAGAAGAGUUCAAAGGUCAAAGGGCUCCGUGGAAGUGGGAAGAUCUGGUCCAAGUCCAACUGAAGGCAGAGAGAUGCAGAGAGACCCUGAACACCCCCGCUGAUCCACUGUCAGAUGGGACAGACUGACACACAGGUUGACAGACACAUAGACCGAUAAUGUGACCAAUGCACAGACGGACACUAUGAUUUACACACACGUUCACACAUCCAUGCACGCACGGAAACACACACAUGUAUACAGACACCGAGUCCGACAGACACACUUUCAGUGAGUGACAGACUCGACACCCAUUCUGAUAGGUGUGUACACACAGCCAGACAGACGGACUAUCUUCACUGUGUAUAUACACAGACCCAAACCCAUUCUAACAUGUACACAGAGAGAGACAGACAGACCGACAGACAGAGAAUAAUCUGCUUUGGGCAGAGCUUUGCUGCUGUCAGGAGAAGCAGAGCCACAGGCAGUGAAACCGAAUGUGUGUAUUUGAUGUAUUCUAUUGUGUUACACUUUUUGUUAGUUUGUAUUUUUUUUUCUGCUGAGGAUUGAGUUGAGACGUGUAUAAAAUCAGGAUAUGAAUUGUUGGUAAUAAAUUGAAGCCCCUCUAUUCAUUUAG